CUAGCCAGCUAGUUAACCUAACCUAACUAAGGUUAACUUAAGACAGAGUUAGCUAAUUUAUGUAACGAUGUCUAAUUUAUCUGAAAGGAUUACCUUCACAGCUGACUAGGUUAGCUAAAGUGUCUUAUCUAGCAGAUACUCCACAAUAGGUUAAGUCAUUAUUUGCCUUUUAUAUUACCUUUUUUUUCUAAACAGAGAAUUUGUUUUGGAAAAGUCUGUCAAUAACGUGCACACGAUUGCAUGCACAAAGUGGCAGUCAUGAAUCUGACCAAAUAUCCAGCUCGCAUAAAUCGGCAAACAUCAACAUUUAAUUCAGCGGCAGACCCUCGAAAAAUGCGCAGAAUUAUAGCCGAAGAUCCAGAGUGGUCUCUAGCUGUGGUGCCUUUAUUAGCAAACCUAUGCCUUCAAAACAUAGUGAAAAAUUUUAAAGAGAAGCCCAUUUUUGAUGAGCUCCUGCCUGGUCACAAGGCCUUUGUCCUGGAGAAGCUGUCUACGUCUUUGUCUCUGAGUGUAACAGCUAACCUGAUCAGUGAUGAGGCUUACUGGAAGAGAUGCUGUGAGAGCCGCUGGGGGCUGAGCGAUGUCUCUGAGUACGGCCACAGCUGGAAACGCAUGCUGUUUGAACGUCAUCUGGAGAACAUCAUUGAACUUUUUAUCCCAGACGUAACUGACCCCAAGUCAGUGCUGGAUGUUGUGCCCCAAUGUCGAAACUAUGUGAGACGAUUGAAGAUCUCUCAGCUUCUGCCACCUAUCAGGGAGCCACCAAAGUUUGAGGAGGAUGACAGCUCAGAUUCUGCCAGCGAUAUGGGUCACGAAGGGCCGUCGAUGGAUCACUUUGACUUCAGCAUUCUGCUGGACAAAUUGACCAACCUGGAGGAACUACAAUUGGUUUAUGGAGUGAAGGGGUGUGGCAUGAAUUUCGAAUGGAAUCUGUUUGAGUUUACCUUCCGUGACUGUGAAUCGCUGGCCAAAGCCCUGAAAUCCUGCAAGUCCUUAAAGGUACUCAGAAUUCAGCAGAGCAAGGUGGAUGAUGACAAGUGUCGUGUGCUAGUGAGCUCCUUGCUGGACCACCCUUCUCUUCUUGAGCUUGACCUCUCACACAAUCUCAUAGGAGACAGAGGCGCAAGAGCCAUCGGCAAGCUCCUCGGCCGCAGCCACCUGAAGAGACUGGCCAUUUACAACAACCAGAUCCGGGGGCCAGGAGCCCAGGCCCUAAGCCACGCCCUUGCUAAAAACCCCUCCCUCGUCGCCCUCAAUCUGAGACUCAACCGGCUAGCAGAUGAGGGCGGGCAGGCUGUGGCCCAGGCUCUGCUGAAGAACCAGAACCUGGUGAGCCUUCAUUUGGGGGCCAAUGAGAUGACGGAGCCCACAGCCACAGCAAUGGCAAAUGCUUUAGUGCACAACUCGACACUGAGGAACCUCAGCCUGGCCUGUAACAGGCUGGGAGUGGAUGGUGGGAAAGUUCUGGAGGAGGGAAUGUCUCAUAACAGCAGCCUGGUAGAGUGCGACAUUCGCCUCACUGAUAUGAGCCUGGAGAACGAGUACUGCAUCGGCCAAAUACUCCGCACCAACCAGAGCAGAGCCUGCCGCAGACAGACACAGGACACCGGUGCCACCCAGUGAGCUUCCCAGUGGAGUAUGUAUCCCAGUCAGAUUUAUUAAAUAAAUACUCAGGAAUGGAGGUUAUCUCUGUGAGGAUCAUUAGCUAUGUGUAUAUGUACCUGCAGUGGAUGAGGCAAAAUUUUCUUUUUAUGACAAGGGAAUGACUAGGUGAAGGAAGAGCUGUAGCACAAAGACAAGGGAACGAGUGAGUGAAUAAGUGAGUGAACGAUAUAUACAGUUAUGUUCAAAAUAAUAGCAGUCCAACAUGACUAACCAGAUCAAUCACUGUUUUUGGUAGAAAUUAUAUUACUAAAUGGCAAAUAACUUACCAGUAAGUGUAGUAGAGUCAUAGAAAACCAUCAGACCCAACAUUCAUGAUAUGCAUGCUCCUGAGUUUGGGUAAUUGAAUAAUUAA